AUGGCUAGUGAUCUGCAAAAAUCACACGAAAAUGAACGUGAAGGAGCAGAAAUUACAUAUGGAGCUGAAAACUGCCACCGCAAAAUUAUAGAGCUUUUGCAAAACUUAGGAUUUCCCAAAGGAGUUCUUCCUCUUAAAGAACUUGAAGAAUUUGGCUAUGUUCGCAAAACUGGAUUUGCAUGGAUGAAGCAAAAGGCGCCAUACGAACAUUAUUUUAGUUCAACGAAACAUCUUGUUAGUUAUGCAACUGAGGUUACUGCAUAUGUGGAGUUGGAGAGAAGGAAGAUGAAAAAAAUAACUGGUGUUAAGGGUAAGCAGCUACUUGUUUGGGUUUCAACAGUUGAAAUGAGCAUUGAAGAUCCUACUUCAAAGAAAAUUUAUUUCAAGACUCCUAUAGGAAUUGGAAAGUCUUUUCCUAUCACUGCUUUUAUGACUGAGGAGGAAAAGCAUAAGUACCUGGAGAAAUCCAAUGAGUAG